AUGUCGUACAAAGUAUUUAAAGGCGGAUUACGCGUCCCUUGCUUCGGUCUUUCUUUCUUUCUUUCUUUCUUUCUUUCUUUCUUUCUUUCUUUCUUUCUUUCUUUCUUAAUUUUAUUUUCUAAAUUUUCGUUUUGCUUUUGCAACUUUCUUUUCUCCAUGUUUCGCUUCAUUUCUUUCUAUUGUUCCUUUUUUCCUUUCUUCCUAUGUGCUUUUCUUUUUUGUCUUAUACACAUUUUCUUUCUUUCUUUCUUUUUUUUUCUUUCUUUCUUUCAAUGUAUUUCCCCAUCUGCCGCAUCAAUAACAAUGCCAAAUUCUUUACUUUUCCUUUUGUCCUUAUCUCUAUUUUAUCUAUCUAUCUAUCUCUAUCUAUCUAUCUAUUCAUCUAUCUAUCUAUCUAUCUAUCUAAGUGAAAUCAGGCGUAUUACACGAUAUGUUUUUCUCUUUCUUUACCCUUAUUCGUCAGACAACUCCCCCUGUCUGUCUCAUUCUUUGCCUCUCUGUAUGCACUUGUACACUUUUCAUCACUCUUUCUGUCUCUCAACACCCACCCCCUCUAUCUAUCUAUCUAUCUAUCUAUCUAUCUAUCUAUCUAUCUAUCUAUCUGUCUGUUUCUAUUUUGCUUUAUCCGAAUAUUACCUUUUCAAAAGAAAUCUACAAUUCAGUAAAUAA